CAAGGAAAGAAAUGUGGCCUCGUGGCGGAACCAUUAGCAUUCACUUCUCCUCGUUCCUCUAAAUAUUAUAAUCACCACAGAAUUUUGGUUGCAACUUCCAGUAGCGCCGGAGUAAUAUUCCUAUUAUGGAGACGUUCGUCGGCUCCGGCGCCUGCGCCGCCAUCUUGUCGUCCUCUUCUGCUGUCUUUGGCGGCCGACGCAGAUGGAUUCUCCUCCCCAGCAAAAUUAACAGACGCAAAUGUCCUCUCAAGAGAGGAAUUGAAGAUUGUUUUCCACUUUUCGCUGAUUUUUCAGAGCCAACUGCUGCAUUGGUCUCGGGAACUUCUCAUGCUUCUAUGAAGAGGAUGGCCUUGAAUGGAUAUGCCGGAAGAGGUGGCAGUGGCUAUGGAUUUAGCGGUAGAAAUUCGAAUAUCAAUAGGAUUUACAAGCGAUUGGAAUCUUGUUUGGUAAUACCGCCGCCGAGGGGUAAGCCGCCCCGCGCUAUCAUCAAGUUUCUCGGCGGCGCUUUCAUCGGAGCAAUUCCUGAAGUCACUUACAGCUACUUACUCGAGCUUCUGGCAAAGGAAGGGUUUCUGAUAAUCUCAGUACCUUACAAUGUGACUUUCGAUCAUGCCGAUGCUACAAAACAAGUAUUUGAGAGGUUUCACGCCUGUUUGGAUACUAUUUUAGCGUCCGGAUUGCCCGAUGAAUAUCUUUCAUCUGCUCAACUCGUUAAUCUUCCUCUCUUUUGUGUGGGUCAUAGCAAUGGUGCGCUUCUGCAAGUGCUCACAGGGAGCUAUUUCGCUGAGAAGUUACCUAAGGCUAAUGCUAUAAUCUCCUUCAACAACAGGCCGGCAACAGAGGCUGUUCCUUACUUUGAGCAGUUGGGCCCUCUAACCAGUCAGAUGAUGCCAGUUGUACAAGCAUCUCCAGUUUUCUCAAUUGCUAGUAGUGUCUCAGGGGAUGCAUGGAAGAUGUUGCUUGAUGCUGCUGGAGCUAUUAUUCCGGACAGUGAUCAAGAAGUCUUGAAUUCUGUGACCAAGUUUGUUGAUCAGUUGCCCUCAGUGGUAAACCAGGUAACAGAAGGGGUAUCAGAGUUCAGGCCAACGCCAUCCGAGAAUCGGGAUCUCUUCAAGUGUUCUUACAAUGUCCAGCACACACUCCUGGUGAAGUUCAGUUCAGACCCGAUCGACGAGACAGAUCUACUCGAACAGACACUGAAGCCUCGGGUCGAAUCUAUUAAUGGCACGCUUGAGAAGGUCCAGUUAAGUGGUAACCACAUCACACCGUGCGUACAGGAACCAAAGUGGGAGGUAGGUUAUUUGUACACUCCUGCAGAUGCGGUUGCUCAGGCCCUUAAAUCUCUAUCUCUGAAUGAGAUUAGAGAGCUUUCUAAAACCUUAAGCAACUGGUUCGGACGAUUUGAAGCCUAAGGUUUGGGUAUUAUCAAUGCUUCUGUAAACAUUUCUAUCUUUUUAUGAACUUUUUCAGAGAGUCCCAAUCAUAUGCAAGGUAGAAAAAAGUCGACGAAAACUUGACAUAGCUCAACAGUUAAGGUAUUAGCAACAUUUUUUUAUAAGUUGAAUGUUCAAAUUACUACUCUUAAGCGCUAUGCAUUUGUAAUGCUAUAUUCUUUAAAAAUGUUGAUUAGGAAGUAGCUUUAAGAGACCAUACUUAUCAUUUUGAUGGAUGUUUGUCUUAAAGGGUUGUUUCUUUUGAUGUAAACAUGAAUGCUAAGAUGAAUACACCCUACUAGUAUUGAUUUUGUAA